CAGGCUGCGCGUGUGCUGUGUUUUCGUGUGUCCUGUUUGUUUCCGGUAGGAUAAUCGUGACGGACGGAGCGUAGGACAAUGAGCCGUGCUCGUCGUCAGGGAAUAACGCUGGCAAAGAUGUGUUAAGUUGUACAACACGAGCCCCAGUUCGGUGAUCGUGGUCCGCGGUGCAUGCGGUGCACGCGGUGCAUUCAUCGUGCGUCCUUGCGUGGUUCCGUGGGGCGGUCACACUGCAAAGGGGGCCCGCUUCCCAAUGGUUUCGUCCGUGUAGUUUCGGCGUUUUCGUCCGGCGAUCCAUCGCGCAUCGGAUCGCUUCUCCGAGGUGACCGUGAUAGCAAUACAACAAGCAGCAUGACCGUUCGCUGAACGUGAUAACGAACGGACGAAAAAGCUAUGAUGGCUGUGAUAGUACGUUAACACAGGGAAGGAAGCAAAGCAUCAAUAUUACGAACCUCAGAACGGGGAAUCGUGGAACAUCGCAACGUGUAUCCGAUCUGCGCCACCUCGCGAACACACACGGCCCAAUGUCACAGGCAGUGGAGAGCGCCGGCAGCGAGAAGAUUCCCAACUGCUCGAAACCGUUCGAGUGCUCUGAAUGCAACAAACUGUUCCGCCAGCUCAGUACGCUGACCAACCACAUGAAGAUCCACACCGGCGAGAAGCCUUACAAGUGCACUAUUUGUGCGAAGGAGUUCCGCCAAACGACCACGCUGUCCAAUCACCUGAAGAUUCACACCGGUGAAAAGCCGUUCAAUUGCAACUUCUGUGGCAAACAGUUCCGGCAGCUGAGCACCUUGUCGAACCACCAGAAGAUCCACACCGGCGAGAAGCCGUUCGAGUGCUCGGUGUGCGGCAAACAGUUCCGCCAGUCCAGCACGCUCAACAGUCAUAUCAGGAUCCACUCGGAUGAUAAGUUUUGCAUAAAACCCUUCAAAUGCAGCAUCUGUCCCAAGGAAUUUCGUCAGACGACGACACUCUCGAAUCACAUUAAAAUUCACACAGGUGAAAAGCCGUACGCCUGCACGUACUGCGGCAAAAUGUUCCGCCAGACGGGAACGCUUUCCAAUCAUCUGAAAAUUCACACCGGCGAAAAACCGUUCGAAUGCUCGGUGUGCGGCAAACAGUUCCGCCAGUCCAGUACCUUGAACAGCCACAUACGUAUCCAUGCGGACGAUAAAUAUUGUAAACCUUCGAGCCCCCCAACCAUUAGCACAACGGUCACCGGUGGACUCAACAUAAAGGUUGAGGACAUCAAACCAUUUUACGCGCUGAUCUAAACCGGGUGGAUGGUAAAAUACAAUCAGUGUCGUCGUCGCCGGGACCCGUGAAUUCAUCUUCAGUCUCUUCUUCACCCGUGUUGAUCAAGUUCAGCUGUCACCGCGCGAUCGUGCGGCGGGAAGAAGACCGUCGCCGACCGUAGACCGAGCGGCAGAUACGGGAGCUUACCGUUUAAUAAAUUGUUGCAAUUUAAGUUAUAAUAACUUUAUCGGUCCACUGCGCCCCGCAUCGCGCAAACCGCAACCGUGCAACCGGUCGCGAAAGUCCGGCUUUUCUCGAUCGUCGCGAAACACGAGAUCGGUAGGAGGCGCCUGCGUGCGAGCUGCGAGACGGUUCUUCUUCUGCGACGAUAUUCGCCUGCAGGUUUUAGCCAAACCACCAUUUGGGGCGUUGGGGAGUUGACUUUGUUUUAUAUAUUUGUUUUGUAAAGGUAGGAAAGAGAGCAAUUUCAUAAUUUAUUACCGUUAAUAUCCGUGUCGAUUGCCGAUCGGCGUUCGGUGUGUAGAGCUUUUGGCGAGGCUCCGCUCGAGCUUGAUUCAUGUUAUUUAUUUUUGAUUACUAAAAUUGACGUCUUGUUUUGCCACGGCCUCUCUGGCGCGGCUUUUGCGCAAAGCGCACGCGGAAUCGCGGAGCACUAUAAACACAACGCGCAAGAUGGAGCUUACUUGGAACGAGUAAAUGGUAUUGCAAAGUGCACAGAACCGGGCGCGCGAUCCUCCUAUAACUGUGCUGUAGUUUCUUAUUCAUCCGUUAGCGUAAAUGUGAAUGUAGGGAUCUUGUAGGGGGCUCGAUGUUGCGACUGGCCAGCCCAGCAAAUGUGUACAGGAAGGUAGAAUAAAUGAAAGGAAAGUGAUCGAUCGGUGAGGGUCGAUCUGUGACUGAUAACGAAUGAAAGUCCGCGCUAUGCGUCUCUUUGUCGAACUGGUACCGGAACGCAGUAACCUUUGGUCCCUGUCAUGUACUUUAGCUGUCAAACUUUCGAUAUGAUACGAGGUAAACCUACUUCAAUGGACGAUACCGACAAUGUGGCCGAAGUCUAUGUAAAACUAACCCAAAACCACAUCGGAGUGCAGGCGAAAGGAUGUUCCGUUACAGGGCCAUAGCUAACCGAUACAGGUGCGUGCGGUAUAAAUUGUGUAAUUACACGACAAACGGCAAAUGAGUUAUGUAGCAAACUGAUGUGAUGCACAGAAUCAUUAUGUAAUAAAA